AUGUCCGUUUCUGGCAAAGAGGAUGUUUAUGAAAGUGAAGAUUUGCCUGAGUCAGAACAGUUUCUCAGUAGUUUCCAUUCAACACCGAGAGAUGAAGUCACCGAUCAGGAGAAUAUAGAACUGAUUCACAUAGAUAUCGAUGCGGCCCGCAGGCGUUUCAAGGAUCGAACACUUAAUACCGUUGGUGUCGAUUUCUCAGACUCUAUUGCUAAAAGACGUGGGAAGUCGUACGGAAGCUCUCAAUAUGUGCUGGAAAUCGUUGGCAAAGAAUUCAGCGAGCCAGAAACGGCUGAACAAAAGUUCAACAGAUUGGUUUAUGAGGUUGAAGAUUUGAUUCAGCAACUAAAGGAUGAAUCGGUGAAGCCUACUCUCACUGUCAAUGAAUCAUCGGUCACUGACCUCGCAGAUGAGCUUAAGGCCGUAAAAGUGUCGAAGUCAUCUGGUAAUGCUGUUCAAUCAAGCAAUAAGGAGCCGUUCGUUCCGAAUGCGGACAGAUCCGCUAAUGCGAAGAUGUUGGCUUUGGAACAGCGGGUGCGUCGUAUCGAAUCCUUAGUGGGAGCAUUUGACCCAAGUCGACAGCCUGUAGUUGAUUCAGUGGAGGAUAUCCGGUUUCGUCUCGAAGCACUCAACCCUUCGUAUAUCGAGGGAAUGGAAACGAAGUUGAAUGCUCUUAUCUCAAAACUUGAUCAGGCAGAAGAUAAGAAACAAAAGUCGAUGGACAGCGAAAUGGAAGCUAAGGUCAAUGAUCUCCUUGAAUUAAUGAGUAAAUGGGAUGUUGCUUGUGCUGCGAUGCCUAGUAACUUGAAGAAGCUACAAGGAUUGCAUCGGCUACACGAACAAGCGCAACAUUUCUCAGAACGUCUUUCACAGUUGGUUGGCGUUCGUGAUCAGAUAGAGAAGGCUAUCAGUGCCGAUCGAAUGGCUAUGUGUGAAUUACAGGUGAAGGCGAAAGAGGACAUAACCGCAGUGCUUGGACAAAUCAGUUCCCUUGAAGAACGACUCAAGAAGCAGAAUCACUCGUUCCCUCACUAUGAUGUGUGA